AUGGUGAACUGGUCCGGAAUAGAAGAUAUCGAUGCUGUACCAACGCGAAUAUGGCUGUGCCGCGAAAAAGAAGCAGAUGAAUGGCAGCCACUGCGACAUGUGGAUUGCAAAGCACUCAAUAAGGACCCAGAGCAUCCAGUCGUGAUCGAGAAUGGAAGAGCAACGGCAGAUCCAACAUGGGGAAAGAUACGGUACAAUUACAUUAGAGCAGAAAUGUUUCUUACGUCGGCGACAUGGUUCAUGAAAACAGAAGAUGAAAAUGACAGUAAGAAGACGGUUCUGAUACCAAUGGAAGAAGGAGAUGCCAUGGUGGUUGAGCAACUCUACCAAAAUGCAGUGUACGCGGCUUCUUCCUAUGGAAAGGGAAUCAAAUCGAUCGAUACUCAACUCCCAUUCACUGAUGGAAAGUACAGAGUCGAGCUGGUACAGCAGAGUGGACAAUAUAUGAUGAGAAAGGUGCCAAUCGGUUGGUUUGCAAAGUCAUAUUACUUGCAACGUGGUUACGGGGCCUAUUCACUUGAAGGAGAGGACGAUGAAGACGAACUAGGUCCAGUGAAUCAUGUUGUGUUUGUAGUUCAUGGUAUUGGUGAGGCCCUCUUUGCAAAGGAUGACAUGAAAUUUGUGUUGUCGAUGAAGGAUGAAAUGACGAGGUUCCGAAUACAAAUUCAAAGGCGACAAAUUGAAGCUUGGAAGAAGGCUUGUGAAACUGCCAAGAAGAAAGGGAUGCCGAAACCACCUCCUCCGAACCGAGUCGAAGUGGUGCCUAUCAUUUGGUACGAUCGCAUCCAUUCAUCCUCUAACGAGCUCAUGCAGUCAUUGCAAGCAACCACAUUGACUACGAUCCCAGCAUUAAGAGACAUUGCCAAUGACGUUGUAUUCGAUAUUCUGAUGUACCUCACUCCGAACUUUUGCUACGAUGUUCUAGAGUGUGUUACGGAUCAGAUCAUAGCUACCUAUGACAUGUUCAAGAAGAACAAUCCCGAAUUUGUCACACAGGGAGGAAAUUGUUCAUUAAUUGGUCACUCUCUUGGUUCUGUUAUUUGCUGGGAUCUCUUGUCCAUUCUCAAAGAGGAACAGACUGCGAAGAAAAAUGAGCACGGUGUUCAUAUUUCCAAGGAUGGAUUCUCAUCCGAUGUAGGAUAUCAAAAAUAUGCAAGCACAGAAGUUAAGAAUCGUGCGAGCUACGGGAGUUGGGGACCGUCUCUGCCAAAAGCACUUGAUCGACGUCUUCCCUUCGAGCCAGACUUUGCUCUCUUCUUGGGAUCACCUCUGGGACAGUUUCUGACACUUCGAGGAGCCCAUCCCGUGUUUGACGAAUUGCGAGAAGCAUCAGGUGAAAACACCGAGAUAUCCCCUUUUACAUUGCCAUGUAAUUCUGUUCACAAUGUAUUUUCGCCGAGUGAUGUCGUGGCGUAUCGGAUAGAGCCGCUUCUGCUGCCAAGAGGCACAUCAGAAAUACCACCGCCCGUAUACCUGACUGCCCAAGGGCAAGGCGUUCGGCUCCACGUCAAGGCAAAGCAGCUUGGUGACGACAUUCGCAGAAGUGUAGACAGCACAAAGAAAUCGAUGGAUAUCUUCAUGGCGGGACUUCGAGAUCAGGCUUCGAUCCUUUUAAAGCAAAUGGAUGAUCGGAAUGGUGGUGAGGCCAAGCGAGCCAAAAAGGAAGGGGAAGUGGAGUCGGAUGAUCCAUGGACCUUUCCGCUGGCUGGAAAGCAACGACGGUUAGACUUUCAGCUUCAACCAAACCUGAUCGACAACGAAUACUUGUCGGCAGUAACAGCGCACGGCAGCUAUUGGGGCAACACCGAUGUGAUGGACUACGUCAUCGACUUGACAAAAAGGAAAGAAGCCAGUAGUGAUGACACUGAAAUCGCCGAAGCUCCAAAGUCAGAGCCACUCGAUAAAGCCAAACAACUUUGA